UUGGUAACUCUUCAUUUCGAAUACAAAAACCUUUGCACUCAAGAUGAGCCCAGGAUAGGUAGCUCAAGCUCUUCUGUCGCAACAAAACCAGGAGAAAUGGAGAGGUAUGCUCGUGUCUUCUUUCUUCCUUUAUUCCUCUUCUUGUGCUGUUUCUCUUCCUUCUUUGUUUAUGGUUUGGCUGCCAAUUCGUUCCAACUAAUCCAAAACCAGAGAGAGAUCAUGACUAAUCUCUCUAUGAACCUCCCAACGUCUCAAACUAUUGGGGUGUGGAACACCACCACGGACACGUGCCGUUGGGUUGGGGUGACCUGCUCCCCUCCGCCCUCCUCCGUUGUGACCGCUCUCUCCUUGUCCGGCUUCGGCCUCUCCACCGCCAACUCCUCCUUGGUCGCCCGCUUCUUUGACCUCCUCUGCCGCCUACACGACCUCAAGUCCCUCGACCUCUCUCAGAACUCUCUCACCACCAUCAUCCCCAGCUCCUCCUUCUCCCCCAACUGCCGCGGGCUCUCCGGAUUGGAGUCCCUCAACCUCAGCAACAAUGGUAUGACCGGUCCUCUGCCUAGUUUCUCGGGUUUUGGGGCUUUGCAGUCCUUGGAUUUAUCUUAUAAUUCCUUAUACGGAGCCUUGGAUUCCGGGCUGGAAAAGCUCCCCAGAUUGAAACUUCUGAAUCUUUCCUUCAAUUUCUUCAACGCUACCAUCCCAGCUCGAGUUGGUGGUGCAACAGCUCCGAGCUUGGAGGUUCUGGUGCUCUCCGCCAAUCGUUUUCACGGCGAAAUCCCCGAACGGAUUUUUGACUAUGAGAACCUCACGUUGCUGGAUCUCAGUCAAAAUAUGCUAACUGGGUCUCUUCCGGAUGGGAUCGAUAGGCUUUCCAAGUUGGAAGUUCUCCUCCUUUCUUCCAAUAACCUCACUGGGAUAAUCCCGACUAGUUUAGCAACGAUCAAGACCCUGUCUCGAUUCACUGCCAACGAGAACCAUUUCAGUGGCUCGAUUCCUCGUGGAAUUACGACUCAUGCGAGUAUUUUGGACCUCAGCUACAAUAGUCUCACCGGGGAGAUCCCAUCAGACCUCCUCUCGCCGCGGAAUUUAGAGUUUGUGGAUCUGUCCAGCAAUCACCUUCAAGGACCCAUUCCUGGGAAUUUGUCACAAAGCAGGGUCUACCGUCUGCGACUUGGCAAUAACAAUCUCAAGGGAAGCAUUCCAUCAACAAUUGGGAAGCUUUCCAAUUUGACAUAUCUAGAGUUGAAUGGCAAUGCAUUGGGUGGAGAGAUUCCAUCUGGGCUGGGGAAUUGUACAAAACUGAUGCUGUUGGACCUAUCUUCCAAUCAAUUGCAAGGGAAUUUGACAAAGGAAUUGGGUUACCUUGAACAAUUAGUGGUCUUGAAGCUUCAAAACAACAAUCUUACUGGAGAAAUACCUGAUGAACUCUUGAAGUUUCGGAAUUUGAGCACUCUUGAUCUCAGCCAGAACUUGCUCACUGGUGAGAUACCUCCAGCAAUUUCCAACUUAAACAAGCUUUCAGUUCUGAGUUUGCAAAGCAACAGAUUCUGUGGUUCAAUACCUGACAGCAUCAGUAGCUUCGAGAUUCUGAUGGAACUGCAGUUGGGAAACAACAACCUGAGUGGAACUGUUCCGAGAAUGCCAAAGAGCUUGAGGACAGCUCUGAAUCUCGGUAGCAACCUCUUCAGUGGACUCAUACCUUCCUAUCUCGGUGAUUUAUCUCAGUUGGAGAUUCUCGACCUCUCGAACAAUAAAUUUAGUGGUGAAGUUCCAGCUUCUCUUACUACAAUUCAAAGCCUGAUAGAAUUGGAUCUCUCUGACAAUCUGCUUUCUGGAGUGCUUCCAAAUUUUCCUUCGUUUGUCAGAGUCAUAACCACUGGAAAUAAGGAUCUCAUCAUCUCAAAUUCAAGCUCUCACACCAAUACAAGCUCUAACCCAAUCCGAACGAAAGGAAAACGACAUAUUUUACUCAUUAUCAUGGUUAUCAUCGGUGCUGUCAUUGGCAUGGGGCUGACAGCAGCCGUUCUUCUGUUAAUCAUUUCCAAGCGCUUUGAUCGGGUGAAAGAUGAAGGUCCACAGCCAGAAGAGAACCUUCCUCAAGUUAUAAGUGGAUGUUUCAUAACUGUAAAUAGUAUUCAUAGGUCCAGUAUCGACUUCACCAAAACUAUGGAAGUGGUUAGUAAUCCGGCCAACAUANUAAUGAAAUCUAGGUUCUCCACCUACUACAAAGCUGUGAUGCCCAAUGGAGUCAGCUAUUCUGUGAAGAAACUCAACUGGACUGACAAGAUUUUCCAAAUGGGGAGCCAUGAAAGGUUCGGGCAAGAACUGGAGGUCCUAGGAAAGCUGAGCAAUUCCAAUGUUAUGGUUCCCCUGGCAUAUGUCUUGACCGAAGAUAGUGCUUACCUGUUCUAUGAACACGUACACAAGGGAACUGUGUUUGAUUUCCUUCACAAGGACUCAGAAAAUGCUUUGGAUUGGCCAUCUCGUUACAGCAUAGCAUUGGGGGUAGCUCAAGGACUGACUUUUCUCCAUGGGUGCGAUCAACCAGUUCUCCUUCUUGAUCUUUCAACGAAGAGUGUUCGCCUGAAGUCGGUUAAGGAGCCUCAGAUAGGAGAUAUUGAGCUUUGCAAAGUCAUUGAUCCUUCCAAAAGCACGGGGAGCCUUUCUAUGGUUGCUGGCUCGGUUGGGUACGUUCCUCCAGAGUAUGCAUACACUAUGAGGAUAACCAUGGCCGGCAAUGUAUAUAGUUUCGGUGUCAUCUUGCUGGAACUGCUGACCAGAAAACCACCAGUGAGUCAGGGAACUGAGUUAGCCAAGUGGGCACUGAGCUAUUCGACCAGGCCUGAAGAAAGAGAGAAGAUUCUUGAUUCUAGGGUUUCUAAAGCAUCACUUGCUGUUCAGAGUCAGAUGCUGUCUGUUUUGAAGGUUGCCCUGGCAUGCGUUAGUAUCUCACCAGAGGCAAGGCCCAAGAUGCGGAACGUGUUGAGAAUGCUGUUUAAUGCAAGGUAACGACUAAUGACUCCUGAAAGAAGUGCAAGAAGAAAAACUGUUCUGCCUUACAGCGAACUGGGUGAUAGUUACACCUAAACCUGUCAUAGAAUAGGCAGUUGUGUUCUAUUUGCUAUGUUGUGGAUACACACCCAUCUAUAUAUCACAGUGUGAUCAUAUUCCCUUUUUACAAUUUUACAAGAGUGAAUUGGCGCGUUUCUUCUUGUUUAAGCAGUCAGUGGUACAAAGUAAUGGGGAAAAAAGAGGAGAUCGUAAAUUUCUUGGAGCUUUUGUGCUUUUUAUGUGGUCAGUCUAGUAGGGGCAUUGCCUCGUGAUGUAUUUCCCAUCAAAUGUAUGUACCUGCUAUAUUUAUCAAUUAGUAUAUCAUACAAGAUCCAAUUUUAAGCA